UAGCCAGACAAGGCGAAUGAUUCAUUUCUGGUUUCACAAUUCAAACUUGAAUAAAUUUAUCUUAUUGGAUUAGUCAGAAUCAUCAUCAUCAUCAUAAACUUUAUGUGUUAUAAUUAUUUUGAAGUAAAAGUAAAAAAAACAAACAAACAAACCCACAGACACAUCGAAUUUUUUUCUUUGAAAUCAAUCAAUCCGUUGGAUUUGAUCGGAAUUCAAUCUGAUUCGAUCACAUAACCAUAAAUGAUCUCUCAUCGAUACAUCUCAUUUAUUGUCGUUGUUGUUGUUGUUGUUGUUGCUGUUGAUGUCAUUCCUCCUCCCAAUUCACAGCAUUGAAGAAACAGUUUAUCACGAAUAAAUUUAUAUAUUAACAAUUUUCAAAUGAUUCAAUUUGAUUUGAAUUCUUUCCGACCAUAUUGUAUUCCUCUACCAACCAACGUACAUCAAGCUGAAAUUAACCAUCAAAAUCAGCCAUCAAAUUCAAGUGGUAGCCAAAACGGAAGUAACCACAGCAGUAGUAGUAGUAGUAGUAGCAGCAGUAGUGGAGAGAGUGGUGGCAGAAAUGGCAUUUAUAAUAGUCAACUAAUUAAUCUGAUUAAAUCGCCAACAACAUCAACAUCAUCAUCAUCAUCACCAUCACCACCAUCAGCACCAAGACAACGAUCAACUACAAUUUCAUCACAACGAUUACAAAUGAAAAAAAUGGCAACAAAAAGUUCAUUUCCAAAACGUGUAUUGUACUAUAGAAUAAUUGGACCAUUAAUGAUGCUAAUGAUAAUAGCAUCCAUAUCGAUAUCGAUGUUGCAAAAAUGUACACAACAACCAAUCACUUCGGAAUGGAAAGUUCAAAGUUUUCAAAUAAUGAUGAUCACCGAUCAAAAUGAACAAGAACAAAUGAUCAAUCAUUUGAUAGGUCGUUUUUAUCUAAAACUAAAUAUUCUUCAUUCAAUAUCAUUAUUAUGUAUUCUAUUGAUUAUUAUUUAUUGUUAUGUUGAUUUUGUGCCUAAAAAAGAUGUUGAUCUUAAAUAUUUUUUUCAUUUUAUUUCAAUAAUCAUAGUAUUCAUUGUAAGCAUAUCGACAUUAUAUGCAUCAUAUGUUGCAUAUCAACGUCCAUGUUCAUCAUCAAAUAGAACAAUUUGCUGUAAGAUUAUCGGUUCAUCUGGUUCAUGGUAUUCAAAUGAUCAAGAAUCUUUUGAAACAGCUAUCAAUAUGAAAGAAACAUCAAUGAUUGCCAUCAUGGUAUUGGAUCUAUUUAUAGCUAUGAUAUUAAUGAUGACAACAUUUAUCUAUUUUCAUGAUGUAAGACAAGAUGCAGCAAGAUGUGGUUAUCUAUAUCGUGUUCAUAAUGAAAAUUAUAUUGUCCGUUAGUCUGUGGUCAAUUGAUUUUGGAUUGAAUCAGUUCGUUAUUCGGAUUGCAAACAUUCAUCAUUUGAUUGAUUUUCAAUUCAUGUUUGUUUGUUUUUUUGGCUAAUCGCUUUUUUUUAGUUGAAAUUUUU